AUGUCUUCUGUCGACAGUUCCAAUCCUCCACUGGCCGUUGCGUUGGAGCGCUUGGCAAACCAUCGAACGCGAAGGACAAGGGAUUCGCAAGACGUGUUCAAUGCUGGCAUGGUCGUGCUUGAGAAGAAUGCCGUGAACAAGAUGGGCGACGAACGAUGGGCCUUCCUAGAGCAGCUGGCACUAGCCGCCCUGGACGUUGGCCGGACAGACAUUGCCGAUACCUGCAUUGGUCUACUCAACAAUCAAUUUUCUGACUCGCCACGGGUCGACUGCCUUAAAGGCAUCAAAAUUGAGGCAACUGCGGGCCCCGAGGCCGCUCGUGAAUACUAUGAGAGCCUUCUGGAGGCCGAUUCAUCGAACGUGGCUAUAUGGAAGCGACUCAUUACCGUGUAUCGCUCACAAGGCAACGUCGACAAGACCGUGGAAGAAUUGCACCAAUUCCUCGAUACCGUUUACACCGAUUUAGAGGGCUGGCUUGAGCUCGCUGACGUAUACGACAGCGUCGGACUCUAUACGUCAGCGCUUCAAGCCCUUUCCCAUGCCAUCCUGCUCGCACCACAGAACCAAUUUUAUAUUCUGAAGGCAGCCGAGACCGCAGACAAGGCGGGAGAUGUCCCUUUGGCCCUGAAGAUGCAUCUCCUGGUCAUUGACAUGGCGACUGAUGAUGAUGAUCCGAAGACGUCCACGGAUCCGCCAGGCGGUGUUGCUGUCAGAGCUUGGAUGGGAGUCAAAUCGGUGCGCGUUCUGUACUUCGCCUAUUAG